AUGGACGACAUCGACAAAAUGUGCGACCCCUUCGAGGCUGCGGACGGCGUGACGGUGGAUGGCGGUUCCGGGGGGGGCUCGGAUGCUUCAGCGGGCGCCACUGGUGCCGUCGCGAAGGACAAACGCGGCGGGUCUUUCGUGGGCAGCGCCGGCAGUGGCUUUGGGGCUGGUGGCGAGGGCGCGGGCGCUGGAGGCGGGCCGAAACCACCGCAGUGCAAGGAACACGGCAUUCCGUGUAAAAUAUUGCAGCGUCAAGCCGAAAACUAUUGGGAGUGCGGCAUGGGCAAGGUCGAGGAUAUGUGCGACCACUUCGAGCGUGCGCGCGGCGUCACGGUGGAUGGCAAUUCCGGUGGGGCUGCGCCUGCUGCCGCGGGUACCGCUUAUGCCGCCGCCAAUGGUGUUGGCGGAGUGGCUUCGGUGGGCACCGGCGCCGGCGGCAUGGGGGGUCUUCACGGAGCGUCGGCGGCUGUUGGUGCGCUUGCUGCCGCGGGUACCGCUCGUGCCGCCGCCAAUGGUGUUGGCGGAAUGGCUUCGGUGGGCACCGGCGCCGGCGGCAUGGGGGGUCUUCACGGAGCGUCGGCGGCUGUUGGUGCGCCUGCUGCCGCGGGUACCGCUCGUGCCGCCGCCAAUGGUGUUGGCGGAGUGGCUUCGGUGGGCGCCGGCGCCGGCGGCAUGGGGGGUCUUCACGGAGCGUCGGCGGCUGUUGGUGCGCCUGCUGCCGCGGGUACCGCUCGUGCCGCCGCGAACGGUGUUGGCGGAGUGGCUUCGGUGGGCACCGGCGCCGGCGGCAUGGGGGGGCUUCACGGAGCGUCGGUCGCUGGGGGUGUUGCUGACGACACCCGUUCCCACGCACUAAAUGCUAGGGACCUUGCUAUCCAAGCCUUGGCCCAGUUCCCCAAUGGUGGCCGGGUGGCGGGUGCAGCUGCGGCAUUCAUACAAGCUCGCAUGAACGGAAGGUCAGACACGUAA